AUGGCCAACUAUGAGCAAGAACAACCCCCAGAACUCGGAAAUGGAGACUACGAUCUGACCCAACCCAUCGCAUCAACCUCGGGGCUACGUCAAGGCCUCACAUCCUACGGUGAUGCCCACUUUUCUCUAUUUCUUCGAAAGGUAUUCAUCAAGGCUUUGGGAUACUCCGAAGAUGCUCUCUCCCGACCCAUCGUUGGGAUCAUUAACACCUUCUCGGGCUUCAACCCUUGCCAUGCGAAUGUGCCGCAACUCAUCGAGGCCGCAAAACGUGGCGUUCAUUUAAACGGAGGGCUUGCGGUGGAAUUUCCUACCAUUAGUGUCCAUGAGUCGUUCUCGCACCCGACGAGCAUGUUUCUGAGAAAUUUGAUGAGUAUGGAUACGGAGGAGAUGAUUAAAGCGCAGCCGUUGGAUGCGUGUAUUAUGAUUGGAGGUUGCGACAAGACCGUGCCUGCUCAAUUGAUGGGUGGAAUCUCGGCGAAUAAGCCUGUUCUGCCCUUAAUCACUGGUCCAAUGCUGCCAGGAAGUCAUCGUGGUCAAAGACUCGGGGCUUGCACCGAUUGUCGCAAUAACUGGGCCGCAUUUCGAGCUGGGGAUAUUGAUGUUGAGGAGAUUGCAGAGAUCAACGAAGAACUAGCACCUACGAUCGGCACCUGUGGAGUCAUGGGAACGGCAAGCACGAUGGCAUGUAUCACUGCGGCACUCGGAAUGAUGCCUCUGAAGGGCGCAUCUGCACCGGCUAUGUCAUCGACUCGAUUGAGGCUCGCCGAAGAGACUGGGGCCAAUGCGGUGGCAGUUGCAAAGGUGCAGAGAAAGCCACAGGAACUUCUCAGCAAAGUGUCCUUCUUGAAUGCUAUCACCGUCUUGCAGGCCAUCGGCGGUUCCACUAAUGCUGUGGUUCACCUUCUGGCGAUUGCCAACAGACACCCGACUGUGCAAGGCACGAUCACCUUACAGACUAUCGAGGAAAUUGGCAAGAGAACUCCGCUGCUGGUUGAUCUCAAACCGAGCGGAGAUAAUUAUAUGAACGAUUUCCAUUAUGCAGGCGGCAUGCUGGCACUUCUCUUGGUCCUACGGCCGUUACUGCAUUUGUCCGCAAGAACGAUAAGUGGCGAGACACUCGGGGAGAUUCUAGAUGCAGCGUCUUCGAAACGAGUCUAUCGUGACUCGCGAAUCAUUCGGUCAUUGUCAGAACCACUAUACCCGUCCUCCUCGUUGGCCGUCUUGCACGGAAAUCUUGCACCUAAUGGAGCGGUCAUUAAGGCGUCUGCAUCCAAAUACCGGCAUCUGUUAUCUCACACCGGUCCAGCGGUGGUGUUUGAAAAUUCCGCUGACUUGGCUCGUCGGGUCGACGAUCCAGGCCUACCGGUCACAAAGGACAGUGUCCUGGUUCUGAAGGGCAUCGGGCCAAUUGGUAACCCGGGAAUGCCCGAAGCAGGAAUGAUUCCCAUCCCCAGAAAGCUGGCGGCUGCAGGCGUGAAAGACAUGCUGCGAUUGUCUGACGGACGAAUGUCUGGAACAGCUGGCGGCACGAUCAUUCUACAUAUUUCCCCCGAGGCAGCUCUGGCCGAAUCGCCCUUUGGCAUUGUGCAGACAGGAGACAUGAUCACCUGCGACUUGGACGGUCGUAGACUUCAUCUUGAAAUUUCUGACGAGACCUUGGAAGCUCGGAUAUCGCAGCGUCGGGCACGCCUCGAAGGUGAAGACGGACCUAUCCGGGCGAGACAGCAGACAAGGGGGUAUCGAGGGGGCCACUACAACAUGAGCUUCGAUCCUCUCCGUCCGCGGGGUCGGCCAGCCCAUACCCCGGGAACGACGGUGCUCGCAUACACCCCCGAUGGCCGUCGCAUUAUCACCGGAGGCUCAAACUCCGCCAUUCGAAUCUAUACCGUUGACCAGGACGAUGAGCCCAAGACGGUGGAUGGAAGUAUUGAUGGACAUUUCGCGAUCGGUGCUACGAACGAGGUCGUUCUCUUAGGUGCGGAGGAUGGAACCGUUUGGUCCUACGAUGCUGCUUCUGGGAAGAUGGGAGGUCUGCUUGUCCGAUGCGCAUUGCCUGUGAGAGACAUUGCAGUGUCACAUGAUGGCAAGUGGGCGGCAGUUGCGAGCGACGAACUCACCGUGAAGAUCGUUAAAAUCGAAGACAUGACACAGAUGAAGUACCUACGCGAACAAAGCAAAGGGACGAAACACGUCUCAUUCGACCCCAAUGGUCGAUAUGCGACCGUCUCUGGAACCGAUGGCAUCUUGUAUGUCUACUCCAUGACCGAGGAAGAGCCGGAGUCUCUCCGCAAAUUGGACGGCGUGAUUCGAAGGCUUGAGCCAGAUGCGGAGGCUACGGCAAAGGCUGUCUGGCAUCCCGAUGGUACUGCAUUCGCUGUUGCCGAGGCCACCAGGGAUAUUGCUAUCUAUUCGGUCUCAGAAUGGAAGAAAGAGAAGAUCUUCUCUGGCGGUCACACGGGCGACAUCACGGCUUUGAGUUGGGCACCCAAUGGGGCUAUGCUUGCGUCCGCAGGUUCUGAUGGCCAGAUCGUGCUUUGGGAGACGAAGACGCAACAGGUCCUCCAGCGGUAUGAGUUUGGCAACGUUUUAAAUAUAGCGUGGCAUCCGAAGAAGAACUCUGUCUCCUUCACAACCUCGGAUGGUGAAUUGUUCAUCUACGACAAUUUCGUCCCCAAAGACCACGAGUCUCAACUGAAGAAGACUCUUCAAGCUGCGCCAAUCUUUCCAGGUCCAUUGACAGAGAUCUCGCACAAUGUGUCAAAAACACUUGCGGAGCGCUCCAAAGUACCACCUCAACGUUCCGCCCGCGCGGCCUCGCUCGACUCCCUAGACGAUAUUCUGGGCGAAGAUGAAGACAUGCAAGAUUUUGUGGAGGAUGAUGACGGGGCUGGCUAUGCAGAUGAACAACGAGGCUACUACGGUAAACGUCCAAUUGACGACGAGGACGAUAUGGGUGAACCCAGUAACAAGCGGGUUUACAUGGGCCCUUCUCAGCCCAAGACCCAUUCGCUUCUUCAGCCAGGAAGCACGCCAUGGGCGGGCAACCGAAGAUAUUUGUGCUUGAAUUUGACCGGUGCCGUAUGGACUGUUGAUCAAGAAACGCACCACACUGUGACUGUAGAGUUUUAUGAUCGAGAGCUUCAUCGGGACUUUCACUUCACUGAUCCUUACAAGUACGAUAAAGCGUGUCUGAAUGAGAAUGGUACGCUCUUCUCCAAUAACCCGUCAGACGGCAGCCCGGCGACGAUAUUCUACCGACCGCAUGAAAUAUGGACCACUCGAGCAGACUGGCGCACUCAAUUGCCACGAGGAGAGAUGAUCCGAGCACUGGCUCUGAGCGAGUCAUACAUCGUGGCAGUCACUACGGAAGACUAUGUCCGUGUGUACACACUCUUUGGCACCCCCGUCCGAGUUUACCGGCAAAAGAGUCAGGCGGUGACAUGCGCUGCCUGGCGAGAUUACAUUAUGACUGUUGGAAAUGGUUCCGUUGGGCCAGAUGGUCGACACACAACGUUGAGAUACACUGUUGAGAACGUCAAGCGUGACGAGAUCUGCCAGAACGAGGAUGUGGUUGCUCUUCCUACCGGCGCACAACUGCAAAGCGUCUUCUUCUCGGACACGGGUGAUCCGUGUGUUUACGACUCUACAGGCGUUCUCGUAGUGCUUCAGCACUGGCGCACGCCCGGUCAGGCACGUUGGGUGCCACUUCUCGACACGAAGCAGCUUUCUCGACUAGCGGGCGGGCGCAAAGAGGAGUCAUACUGGCCUGUUGCAGUUGCACAAGAGAAAUUCCAUUGUAUUAUUCUGAAGGGUGGAGAAAAGCAUCCUUACUUCCCACGGCCUCUGCUCAGUGAAUUCGACUUCCAGAUCCCACUAUCCAGCCAAACGCCCAAGGACACCAGUGAGGCCGAAGACGCGGGCAACACCGACGGAUCGCGCUUUGAAGAGACCUUUGUACGCGGUAACGUUCUUCUCUCGCUGUUCCGAGACCUCCUCUCUUCUACGAAUGCUACUGCCAGUCAACGUGCCGAGCUGGCGCGCAAGGAAUUGGAGAUCGACAAGACCCUUCUGCAGAUGCUGGCCAUCGAAUGCAGAGAAGGGGAGGAGCGUGGUAUGAAGGCAUUAGAGCUGGUGACCAUGAUGCAUGACCGCAAUGGCAAGAUGAUGGAGGCUGCUGCCAAGGUUGCCCAGCGAUAUAGUCGUGGUGUUCUCGAGGAUAAGAUUCGAGACUUGGCCGAGCGACGAGUCCUGGGUAUGGGUGAUGAUGACGAAUUGGCCUGA